AUGAGAGAGAUUAUUAGUGUUCACGUUGGUCAGGCUGGUAUUCAAAUUGGUAAUGCUUGUUGGGAGCUUUACUGUUUGGAACAUGGCAUUCAACCUGAUGGUCUUAUUCCUCAAGAACAAGAAGUAACCAACCACUCUUUCUCCACCUUCUUCAGUGAAACUGGUAACGGAAAGCAUGUCCCUCGUACAGUCUUUGUUGAUUUGGAACCCACUGUGGUUGAUGAAGUGCGCACUGGUGCUUACAGACAGCUCUUCCAUCCUGAGCAAUUAAUCACUGGUAAAGAAGAUGCCGCUAAUAACUAUGCUCGUGGUCAUUAUACCGUCGGUAAAGAGUUGGUAGACUCUGUCUUGGAUCGUAUCCGCAAGUUGGCCGACAACUGUACUGGUCUUCAAGGCUUUUUGGUCUUCCACUCAUUCGGUGGUGGUACUGGCUCUGGUUUCGGUGCUCUCUUGAUGGAGCGUCUUUCCGUUGAUUACGGCAAGAAAUCAAAGCUCGAAUUCUCUGUCUACCCCGCUCCUCAGGUCUCCACUGCUGUCGUUGAACCUUACAACUCCAUCUUGACUACGCAUACUACAUUGGAACACUCUGAUUGUUCAUUCAUGGUUGACAACGAAGCCAUUUACGAUAUCUGUCGUCGCAACUUGGAUAUUGAGCGUCCUACCUAUCAAAACUUGAACCGUUUGAUUGCUCAAGUGGUCUCCUCCAUCACUGCUUCUUUGCGUUUCGAUGGCUCUCUCAAUGUGGACAUGAAUGAAUUCCAAACCAACUUGGUCCCUUAUCCUCGUAUUCACUUCCCUCUGGUGACCUAUGCUCCCAUCAUCUCUGCUGCCAAGGCCUAUCACGAACAGCUUUCUGCUGCUGAAAUCACAUAUGCUUGUUUCGAGCCCAACAACCAAAUGGUCAAGUGUGAUCCUCGCAACGGUAAAUACAUGGCUUGUUGUUUGCUGUAUCGUGGUGAUGUUGUUCCCAAGGACACCAAUGCUGCUAUCAGUAGCAUCAAGACCAAGCGUACAAUUCAAUUCGUUGAUUGGUGCCCUACUGGCUUCAAGGUGGGUAUCAAUAACAGAGCCCCUGCUGUUGUACCUGGUGGCGACUUGGCUACUGUCCAACGCGCUGUCUGUAUGCUCUCCAACACUACUGCCAUCGCUGAAGCUUGGGCCCGUCUUGACCACAAGUUUGAUUUGAUGUACGCCAAGCGCGCAUUUGUCCAUUGGUAUGUUGGAGAAGGUAUGGAGGAAGGUGAAUUCUCUGAGGCUCGUGAGGAUUUGGCUGCUCUCGAGAAGGAUUACGAGGAAGUUGGAUCUGAUUCCUUGGGCGAUUCUGAAAUUGAAGAAGAAGAAAUUGAAUACUAA